AAGUCAUCACUCUUUAUAAUUUUGGCGGUUAAGAGCCGUUAGUUUUUUCUCUCUCCUAAUUUCUCUCACCCUCAUCUUACAACCACCAUCAACACAUAUACUACCACUCCCCGUAGUCCCUAACAACCAGAAUUCCCUCUGAAAAAUGCCUCUCAAGGCGGCGUCAAUGGCGUCUUCUCCCCUCUGUGCUUGCCGGAACCAUUUUCUCUCUCCUAGUCAACAUCAGCAGUUAAACUUCUCCACCGUUGCUCAGCUCCCGCGUCUUUCUCCUUCUACUCUCCAAGUCAAAGAUCGACUCAAUUCCUCCUCCAAACGGCGGCGUUUUUUUUUCGCAGCGGAAGCCGUUGAUUCUUCCUCUCCUUCCAAAAUCUCAAUCUCUUCCGCCGCCGCCGCUGACAAAUCAAUCGUCCCCGAUGACCAAAUUUCUCUCUCCAAGAUUUCAUUUGGUGUCGUGGGACUUGGAAGUGGAGUCACACUACUAGCGUAUGGUUUUGGUGCUUACUUUAAUAUACUACCUGGUUCAGAAUGGUCAGCGAUAAUGUUGACUUACGGUUUCCCUGUUGCAGUUAUUGGCAUGGCUCUCAAGUAUGCAGAACUUAAACCUGUGCCAUGUUUGACUUAUGCUGAUGCUGAAAUGGUGCGGGAAAAGUGUGCCACUCCAGUUCUUAAGCAGGUGAAAGCUGAUGUUACCAGAUUUCGCUAUGGAGAUGAACAACACCUUGAUGAGGCUUUGCCACGGAUUUUCCAAUAUAAUCAGGGUGGAGGUAUUCCAAGGAGAAGUGCUCCCGUCCUUAAAAUGCUUCGUGAAGAGGUGACUGAAGAUGACAAGUAUUGCUUAGUUCUUGUAUUUGAGGCAAAAUCUUUGCAGCUUUCAGAUUUUGAAAAAAGACAGGCAAAAUUUGCUUCAUUUUUCGGACCAGGAAUUUCUGCUGAAGUUGGUAAAGGAGAAAAUGAUCUCUUCGAAGUUCGUCUCAUAUCUAAUACACAAGCAUAAAGGAGCAACCAAUUGUAAGGCAACUACUUCUAAGUUCUAGCAGCCUGAUAGCCCUGAUUAUUGGACUUAUCAGAUUUUGUAUAGUUUGUAUACAGAUAAAUAUUUUACUAGCAUUUUGGUAAGCCUCGCGCAAAUACGUAGCCUUUAAUUCAAGGAACAAUCACAUUCUACUAUUGUAUUAUCAUAUAUAUAUAUAUGGUCGUUCAGUUCCCUCA